AUGAAGGCACAACCUGUUAUUAGCAAAUUUUUUAAAAAUGUUGCUGCUCCAUCAGGUGCCAAGCCAGUCGUUAAGAAUCAUACAAUGCGAGAGGAAGAAGCGAUAGGGCUCCCUCCUGCUACAGAGGACUCUGAUGUUCAAGAACAAGUAAGCAUAGUUAUAGAUUCAGACUCAGACUCAGACUCAGCUCUUAAUUCAGUUUCUGAUUCAAAUUUAGAGAAGAACGAUACCGUGAAAUGUGGAACUAUCGAGUUACAUAAAAAUAUUCCAUAUUCAAUGGAUGCUGAAGCAUCUCCAGAAACUACACGAGAAGCCUCUAAAUCUACUCGAAAAAGAUCUCGAAACAAUGUAGCAGCAAAAUCCCUAGAGGAAAACGUUGAACCUGAACAAAGAGUCCCGGAGAAUGAUGAUGUCAGGCCAUCGAGAAAGAAGAAAGCAAAAAUCUCAAAGAGUAAAUUGACACCUCUCGAUCAACAAAUUCAAGAAUUGAAAUCGAUACAUAAGAACAAAUUACUUGUGGUAAGAGUUGGUUAUAAAUAUAAGUGUUUUGCAGAAGAUGCUAUUAUUGCAAGCAAAAUUCUCAAGAUUAAAUUGGUACCUGGAAAACUGACUAUUGAUGAGUCAAACCCAGCUGAUAAAGAUCAUAAACAAUUUGCAUACUGUUCGUUCCCAGAUACACGUCUUAAUGUGCAUUUAGAGAGAUUGAUCUAUAAUAAUUGUAAAGUUGGUGUUGUCGAACAAGCUGAAACUAGCGCAAUAAAAAAAAAUUCCCAAACAUCGAAUAAGAGCCAAGUGUUUGAAAGAAAAAUCACUGGUAUAUUUUCCAAGGCAACUUACGGUGUUAAUUCACCACAUGACUUGAAAGGAGGAAACAAUUUAUUAGGAAAUACAAAAAGUAUUUGGGCACUAAAUAUAGACGAAAGCUUAGCACAACAGAAGCGCUUUUAUUCCUUAUUAUCAGUAAAUUUAAACAGUGGUGAAGUUAUCUAUGAUGAAUUUUUUGAACCCUUACACACUUUGUAUUCAUUGAAGGAGCGUAUUAAAUAUUUAGAACCGGUGGAAAUUGUAACGUUAAAACCACUUCCGAGGUACGUAGACAUCUUAUUCAAUGAAAGCAACUGUAAGGUAACGAUAAAUGAAAUUGAAAAUACUAAUGAGGCUAUUCAAUCUAGCUUAAAAAUUGUUGCAAACAAGCUAAAAUUUUCCCUUGAACUGUCAAAAUUACUAGAAACACUCUACAUCUAUUUGCAGGAGUACAAUAAUGAAAGAAUCCUAUUUAUUUCUACUAACUUCGCCAAAUUUUUAGCGAAUCAACAUAUGACUCUUUCUGAUUCAACUCUGGAGGGUUUAGACAUUUUAAGAAAUGAUGGUGAAAAGGGCUCUUUACUAUGGCUGCUCGAUCACACUAGAACUUCAUUCGGUUUAAGAAAAUUAAGGGAUUGGGUGCUUCACCCACUUCGAACCAUUGAUAAAAUAGAAGAACGACUUGAUGCCAUCGAAUGUAUACUGAAAGAGAUUAAUUGUAUCUUCUUAGAGUCGUUCAAUCAGCUUCUCAAGGGACUACCUGAUUUAUUGAGAACAUUAAAUAGAAUAGCAUAUGGCCACACAUCAAAAAAAGAGGUCUACUUUUUUCUAAAGCAAAUGUGCUCGAUUGGCGAUCAUUUCAAGACCCACUCGUCCUAUAUUAAGGAACAAGUGCUAUCCCCUGACGGAAGGAUAAAUAAACAGUCACAACUUUUAACAUCAAUUCUGAAGGAUAUUGAAAACAAUUACCAGGAAACUCACUUACCUCAAUUAUUUGCCAUGAUCAAUGUAGCUGCCGUGAUGAACAAAAAUCUGGAGAACCAAAAAACGGAAUUUUUCAACCUUAAUAAUUAUGAUAACCCAGAUGGAAUUAUUAAGAUUCAGCGUGAUAUAGAAGAUGUCAAAUCCGACCUUUCAGCAGAAUUAAAGCAUAUUAGAAAAGUCCUAGGGAGACCUUACCUAAACUAUAAAGACGAAAUUGAAUACCUUAUCGAAGUGAAAAAUACACAAGUCACUAAUCUUCCUUCCGACUGGAUUAAAAUUAAUAACACUCUGAAAAUUAGUAGAUUUGCUACUCCAACAACAACGAAAUUAGUGGAGAAAUUACAGUUUCAUAAGGACUUGCUUGUUCAGGAAGUUGAAAAGGAAUAUCAACGCUUUUUAUCUAAGAUUAAUGAUGAAUAUAUUAGACUUCGGAAUAUAAUCGAGAACAUUGCAACGUACGACUGUUUAUUAUCAUUGUCUGCUGUCUCAUGCAAUAUUAAAUACACCAGACCUAUAUUCAGCAACGAAAAACAGGUUAUUAAGUUGAAGGGUGCACGUAAUCCAAUCAUUGAGUCGUUAGAUAUUAAUUAUGUCCCUAAUGAUACAGAUAUGAAUAGGAAAGAUGGUCUAAUUAAUAUUAUAUCUGGUCCGAACAUGGGUGGGAAAUCCUCUUAUAUUCGACAAGUUGCACUCCUGAUAAUACUAGCUCAAAUUGGAUCAUUUGUCCCUGCCGAUUAUAUGGAAGUUAGCAUAUUUGACAAUAUCUUAACAAGGAUUGGUGCACAUGAUGAUCUGUUGAGAGGUGAAUCAACAUUUAAGAAAGAAAUGUUAGAUGUUUUACAAGUUCUAGAAAACUGCACUAAAGAUUCGUUGGUGUUAUUAGAUGAAGUUGGAAGAGGUACUGGUACCUUAGAUGGUAAAGCCAUAUCAUACUCAUUGAUUAAUUAUUUUAUGGAGGAAACAGACUGCCCAUUGAUCCUGUUUACCUCUCAUUUCCCAAUACUUGGUACCAUUAAAUCACCUUUGGUGAAAUGUUACCAUAUGGACUAUGUGGAGGAGAAACGACCCGGAGAAAAUUGGUCUAGUGUUACGUUCCUAUAUAAAUUGAAGUCUGGGUUUACCACAAAUUCGUAUGGGUUAAAUGUAGCAAAGUUGGCUUCUAUUGAUAAAGAUAUUAUUAACGAGGCAUAUGAAAUAUCUGAAUCCAUGAAAAACGAGGAGGAGAAAGAUGAAUAUUUGGAACUGCCUCUAUUUCUAAAAGAAAUAUUAAAAGGAAGAGUAGCAACGGAAACGUUUCAAAAUCUUCUAAAUUACAUUGAAGAGGACUAG